UCAGUGAAAGAAAUUGCUUAGAGUUUAAGUUCUUUAAAAAAAAAACAACAGACAAAGAAAGUCCCCUAUGACUCUUCUGUCCUCUCAUAGACUCAUUAUUUUGGAGUACCCUCUCAAGCUUACUCUCUGUGUUCCAGAAACACUUUCAUUUUGGUAGAAUGGACACAGUGUGUGAGAGUCCUCGGAAUCCGAAAGAGGAGCAGAAUGGGAACUACACUGCUGUUAGAUCUCAUACCCAUCCACCUAUCAGUAUCCUAACUUCCACCUUCCUGUUCUGUGCAGAAAAUGUGGCUGCGGCAGUAGUAGCUGCAGGGUACAGCUAUACAGAAGAUGCAGUAUGGAUGUCCCUGACUAUCGUCUUCAUGUUGGUCCCUUCUGUCAUGGUGCAGCUGACACUAACAUUCAUCCACCGAGACCUUGGGAGGGAUCGCCCCCUUAUUCUCUUAAUGCAUCUGCUUCAACUUGGACCUCUGAUCAGAUGCGUUGAAGCCCUUGUAGUGUACUGUCAGAUGGGCCUCGAGGAGGAACCUUAUGUGAGCAUCUCUAGGAAGAAACAUUUGCACCACUGGGGUGAGGCUGUGGAAGAGGAGCGCGAAGUAGGACAUUCCUUGAGGAGAAUGGCUAUACAUCGCAACGCUUUUAAACGAACAGCUGUCAUGCAGGCAUUCCUUGGGUCUACCCCGCAGCUCACUCUUCAGCUGUAUGUCAGUGUUUUGGAGAGAUAUGUUCCUCCAGCACGAGCUGUUCUUAUGGCCAUGUCUCUGGCCUCCACCACAUAUGGUGCUUUGGUUCUUAAUGUAUUGGCUAUCCAGAUAAAGUAUGAUGACUACAAAGUGAAACUGACUGUCCCAGCCUUCCUGUGCAUCAUUCUGUGGAGAAGCCUGGAGAUCGCCACACGUGUUACUGUACUGGUACUUUUCUGUUCAGCCCUUAAGGCUUGGAUUGCAGCAGUUGCCCUGGUCAAUCUGAUAGCCCUUUUCCUUUUGCCAUGGAUUCGCUUCUGGAGGAGUAGGGCAAGCUUGCCUGAGAAUGUAGAGAAGAAUUUUAGCUGGUUUGGAACUGUAACGGUCUUGGGAACUGUGACCUUGCUUUACUCUGCCAUCAAUAUGUUCUGCUGGUCUGCUGUACAGCUCAACUUGACUGAGCGGGACCUAAUAGACCAGGCACAAAACUGGGGAAGAUUAACUCUUCACUACACCUUUCGGUUAGCGGAAAAUGCACUCCUCAUCUUACUUUGGUAUUUUUUCAAAGAGGAUGGAUUUGAAUAUUUUUGCUCCCCGCUCCUCGUGGUACAACUCUUGGUGGGUUACUCCACUGCCAUUGCGUUCAUGCUCCUCUUUUAUCAGUACUUCCACCCUUGCCGCUCACUUUUCACCCAUAAUGUGUCAGACUAUUUAAUGUGUGUUUGCUGUAAAAAUUGUUUUGGGAACAAAGUUGGUGUCAGAGAGAGCAUUGUGUAAAGUUACUCUAAUGGAUUACUUGAAACGUCUACAGAGUAGUUGGUACUCUGCAAGUGUAGCCUUCUGGUACCCCAUGCUCUGUGCGAGAAUGGAGCAAUAUCUGGCCGGAGCCCUACCUAUCCUUGACAGAUGAUUUGCCAGGACCAUGCUAAAACAGGAAUUUGUGUAAAAUAAUACAAACAAACGGUGCACUAAAAGUGUAUGGAAACAAUUGUAUAAUUACAUACUUUUAAAGCAUUCUAUAUUCUUCACAUAAAUGUAAAUGGAUACAGUUUAAGAAAAUAUGAAUGGUACUCAUGCUUUUCAAAAUGGCUUCAACAAUUAUGCUAAAAAUGUCAAAUAUAGUAGUAUAUUACUAUAACCAGUAACCACAAAAUAGAAUACACCGAAAUUACACCUACACGGUGUCGAGCUAUGAACAAUUAAGUGUUUUUAAAGAUGACAUUAAAAAAACAAAACCUGUAUUUACUAAAGUGUGAAUUCAAAGUGAACUCCAAAUUUAAGGCCAGAGUAGGCGAUUUAAAAGCAUAGCUGAUUUAGAGAAUAUUUCCUGUUUGGCUAUUUUGACUUUACAUUUUGAAAUUCACUUUAACCCCUUAAGGACCAAAAUUCUGGAAUAAAAGGGAAUCAUGACAUGUCAUGUGUCCAUAAGGGGUUAAACCUGGAAGUAUGCAGAAAAGACCGCAUUAUAUUUAAUCUAAAAGAAAAGAAAUCCCCAUAAAAAUGCUGUCCUACCCCACCUCGUGGUCCUCCGAGACAAGUUUAACUCAUUAUGCUUAAUAACGUAUUUAAAUGAAUAACCUAUAAAUACACCUAUUCAUUUCAUUUUUAUGUUAUUGACUAAACUCUGAAUUGUAGUGUAGUCAGUGCUAAUUUGGCAAAUUUUUCCACAUUGGCUCUAAAUUUGUCU